GAUCUUUGCAUGGGGUGAGGAUGUUUUGAACAGCCAACAUACAGACAAUAUUUUUAGCGAAUACAUAAUAGCGCACAAACAUCAAACAUAUACAUAUAUACAUCUACGAGUGUAUAUAUUGAGCUAAGAAGCAAGCCGAUCCCAUAUGAAGUGCCAGCAAACCAAAUGCCGGCACUCGACGCUGGCGAUUAGUGUUGAUAAACUAUGAACAAGUUUUCAGAACAACAAUAACAAGUCAACAAGUACUGAGAAUGAGCGCCGGUGAGCAUAAUAAAGCAAAAAUAUGUUAUCAACUAAAAAUCAACAACAACAAGAUUAUCAUAUUCUCCAAAUGUCUCCAACAGCAAACAAAUCGACUGCUCGAACACACACACAUUUAUGCACAUAGGCGACAAUAGUUUGGAGCGCCACAUGCGAACAAGUGUACGCCUAUUCAGUCAGUACUCAGUGUUCGACAAGUGUAGAGCGUAAAAAUACAAAGUUCAUAUUAUCACAAAAAUAAUAUUCAAUUAGCGGCAGAAAAAUGUCUAGAGUCGUGAAGAAAUUGAUUAGCACCGCCAAUGCCGCAAAGCCGGUGGCACCAUACAAUCAGGCUGUCGUUGCCGAUCGCACUGUCUAUGUAUCCGGUUGCUUAGGCCUGGACAAAGACACGCUGCAACUGGUGCCGGGCGGCGUUACGCAACAAACGGAGGUGGCCUUGAAGAACUUGGUGGCUGUCUUGGAAGCUGCCGGCUCGAGUGUGGAUAAUGUGGUCAAGAACACUAUAUUCGUAAAGGAUCUGAAUGACUUUGGCGCAGUAAAUGAGGCAUACAAAAAAGUUUUCUCCAAAAACUUCCCCGCCCGCAGCUGUGUACAAGUAGCUCGUCUGCCUCUCGAUGCUUUGGUCGAGAUCGAGAGCAUCGCUUUGAUCGGUGAUGUCGUUAUUGAGUCUUAAUUUUUUAAUGCGUUACAAAUUAAUCUUUUUUUAAAAAAUUAUCUCUUUUGUACAACGAAUUUAAUAAAUACAGCGUUUCUGGUAUUUUUUGUCUA